AUGAAAGAAAAUGCUUAUAUUCCAAAUUAUCCCUUCGCAGUAGUCAAUUGGACUAACGAAGAAGGUGCAAGAUUUCCAAAGUCAACAAUGGGUUCCUCUCUUUGGGCUGAAAAUGUAACAGAAGAGUCUAUAAUGAAUUUGCAAUCAGUUACAGACCAAGAGCCUGUUACUGUUGCACAAGAAUUGGAAAGGAUAGGAUAUAAUGGUACAACGCUUGCGUCCUAUAAAACCAACCCUCUUGGUGCGCACUUUGAAUUACAUAUUGAACAAGGUCCAAUUUUAGAAAAGGAAAAUAAAAAAAUAGGCAUUGUUACCGGUGCUCAAGCCUAUGAUUGGUUUAAAGUUACAGUAUUAGGAAAUUCCUCUCAUACCGGUACUACUCCAUUAAAUACAAGAUCAGAUGCCUUAUUUGCGGUAUCUCAAAUGAUAGUUAAAUGCAAUGAAGUUGGAAAUAAACAUAAUGGAUUAGUUAGUGUUGGUAUCGUUAAUGUUGAGCCUGCAGUAGUCAAUGUUAUCCCAAAUAAAGUGAGUUUUGUUUACGAUGCUAGACAUGAGUCGGAUGAAACAUUAGCCAAAAUUCAUUUAGAGCUAGAGCAGGAAUUUAAAAAAAUCGCCGAUAGUGCAAAGGGGGAUUUCUCUUCGAAACCUUUGAAAGUGGAAAUUGAACAUUUAUUUAAUUCUAAGGCAGUUAAUUUCCAUGAAAAGUGCAUUUCCCAUAUCAAAAAUGCGUCUGUUGACUUAUACGGUGAAAAUAAUGUUAGAGAAAUCAUGAGUGGUGCAGGACAUGAUUCUUGCUCAACAAGUUCUAGAUGUCCAACGUCUAUGAUAUUCAUUCCUUCGCGAGAUGGUAUUAGCCAUAGUCCUGAAGAAUACUCUAGCCCUGAACUGAUUGAUAAUGGACUUAAUGUAUUAUUAAAUGCUGUCUUGAGUUAUGACCAAUCUAGGCAAAAUUAG